GCUGACAAGACACGUGGCUUUUGCAAUCCACAUACUCGUAGGCAGGUUAGAAUUGAAUUUCAACCGUCCGAUCGGAGAACCGUACAGCGCCUCGCCCAUGGCGACGGUCUGAGUUGGCACUAAUCGGACGGUCACUUCCUAAUAAUUGGCCCACAAAUUCUUUGACCCUGGUAGUUCUACUUCUGGCCCUCUCUUUCUCUCUCGGACACUCCAGAACAUCGCUCCCUUUUAUAGCUUUGCACAGGGACGAAGAAAGGAAUUCCAUUGCUGUUUUCUUGUUGCUUUGUGGAUCAUUGUCUUCCCACCUACUUGCCUUCUUCCUUGCUCAUGCUGUUGAAUGUAUGCACCCGUGUCUCAAUCAUCAAUUCUACUUGUCAGGAAUGGCUGAACCAGCAUACACUGUAGCAUCUGAUAGUGAGACAACGGGAGAGGAAAAAUCUUCAUCUGUUUUCCCUGAAAUUGCAAUUGGCAUCGACAUUGGCACAUCACAGUGCAGUGUUGCAGUCUGGAAUGGCUCCCAGGUUGAGCUCCUUAAGAACACUAGGCAUCAAAAGAUAAUGCCAUCAUAUGUCAUUUUUAAGGAUGAAAUCCCUUCUGGCGGAGUCAGUGGUCAGCUCUCCCAUGAGCUUGAUAUUUUAUCUGGAGCUGCAAUCUUCAACAUGAAGCGCCUAAUUGGUAGAGUUGACACUGACCCAGUUGUUCAUGCAAGCAAAAGCCUCCCAUUUUUGGUGCAAACUUUGGACAUCGGUGUCCGGCCAUUUAUUGCAGCCUUGGUGAACAAUGUUUGGAGAUCCACCACUCCUGAAGAGGUCCUUGCAAUAUUCCUGGUGGAAUUAAGAGCCAUGGCAGAAAUUCAGCUGAAGCAGCCCAUAAGAAAUGUUGUUUUGACCAUUCCGGUUUCAUUCAGCAGGUUCCAGCUGACUCGGAUUGAGCGAGCCUGUGCCAUGGCUGGCCUUCAUGUCCUCAGACUGAUGCCGGAACCAACAGCCGUAGCCUUACUAUAUGCACAGCAGCAACAACAAACUGUACAUGAGAAUAUGGGCAGUGGGAUUGAAAAUAUUGCCCUUAUUUUCAAUAUGGGUGCGGGGUACUGUGAUGUAGCUGUAACUGCUACAGCUGGGGGAGUUUCCCAGAUAAAGGCCUUAUCAGGAAGUGCAAUUGGAGGGGAAGACAUACUUCAGAAUAUGAUGCAUCAUCUUUUGCCUGAUUUUGACAGUCUUUUCUCCAAUCAUGGGAUUAAUGAGAUAAAAUCAAUGGGGUUGCUUCGGAUUGCUACCCAAGAUGCAAUCCACAAGCUCUCCUCCCAGACCACGGUGCAGGUCGAUGUUGACUUAGGAAAUGGACUGAAAAUAUGCAAGGUUGUGGAUAGAGAGGAAUUUGAGGAAGUGAAUAGGAAGCUGUUUGAGAAGUGUGAAAGCCUUAUUAUCCAGUGCUUGCAGGAUGCCAAGGUAGAAAUUGAGGAUGUCAGUGAUGUUAUUCUUGUAGGAGGAUGUUCAGCUAUUCCAAAAGUAAAGGAUCUUGUUCUGGGCAUAUGUAAAAAACAGGACCUUUACAAGGGGAUGAACCCAUUGGAAGCUGCAGUUUGUGGAGCCGCACUGGAAGGCGGUGUGGCUUCUGGUGCCUCUGAUCCUUUUGGUAGCCUGGACCUAUUAACUAUUCAGGCCACCCCUCUUAGCAUAGGGAUAUGUGCAGAUGGAGAUAAAUUCGUGCCCAUCAUGCAUCGAAAUACCGCGAUGCCUGCACGGAAAGAUUUGGGCUUCACCACAGUUCGUGAUAAUCAGGCUGAGGCACUCAUUUUUGUUUAUGAAGGCGAAGAGAAGGCAGUGAAAGGAAACUAUCUUCUGGGCUAUUUCAAGAUUGUGGGGAUUCCUCCUGCACCUAAAGGCGUUCCGGACAUUAAUGUGUGCAUGGACAUUGAUGCUUCGCAUGUGCUGAGAGUUUUGGCUGGUGUUACACUGCCAGGGGCCCAAAAUCCAGUCUCACCUCCGAUGGAAGUUCGGAUGCCAACCGUGGAUGAUGGCCAUGGCUGGUGUGCUGAAGCUUUGUCCAGAACUUAUGGAUCCACAAUGGACUUGGUUACUGUGCGGAAGAAAAUUCAAGGGUGAUAUUUGUGGGUCUGUUUUACUGUUGAGAAUACUCUGCUUUUGAUGAACUUGGACAUACAGGAACAGGUGCCAUUAACUGUUGUCAUAGUGUUGAUGUGUAUGCGAGUGUUGGCUUGAUGUAAUGAACCUAUAUGUGCAACUCUUUUAACCUUGUUUGAACUCAUGAUGUUUCAAAA